AUGAAUUCUGAGGUACGUAAUGCCAGCGAUGUCGUACCGACCGGAACAAUGCCGACGGGAACAUUAGACGUAUCAUCAAAGAAAACUUUAUUUAUGAUGCAACGGGCAGAGCGCCUUAAGGACCCGAAGGUGCGACAUAUGGGUAUAGAUAAACAGGCCUUAGAUGAUCAGGUUCGUGAAAAGGAAGCUUUGCGACGACUUGAACAAGAACGGAAUGAUUUCUUUGAUCGCCAGGCAUUAUUGAUGGAUCGUCAUGCUCAGGCAUUACAGAAAGAGGUGCAGGAAAUUCGGGUGUCACGUGAAAAGGAAUUACAAGAUUACCGUGAGACAUUUCAGAAGAAAGAGAUGCGUCGGGAGUGGGAUUUAAAUGAUCCCAGAUGGAAAGCAAAGGAACUACCUGCUCGUGUAGGGGAUGAUGAUCCUCGCACUGGUGUUUCAUCCAUGCAGAAGUUUGAAGGAGAAGAUUUGGACUACAAGGACCGUCGCAGUCUUCAACAACGUCAGCAGCGAGAUUGGGCACAACAGCAAGUGGAAGAGAAACUUGCCAAAAAAUGGAUGGAACAGGAGGCGAAUCGAGCCUUUGAUGAACGUAAUGAGGAGGUCAAUCACCGUAUUUAUGAGGUAGAACAAGGUAUUGCUGAGCAACGACGAUUAAUACAAAAAAAUCAGGCAGAGUUUAAUAAGGCUCUAGCAGAGCAAAAACGUCGUGAGGCUAUCCGAGAUAAAGAAGAGGAAACUCGAAAGGCCCUUGAAGAGAUUCGUUUCCACCUGGAGGGUGACUUCCUUAAUGAAACUGAGACUAUGGUGAGCAACCUAGGCGCAAAAGUAAAAUCCGAGCGGUACAAAGGAAUGACAGCCGCUGAGAAGGAAAAACUUUUGCAAGAACAGGCAGCACAGCGUGAAGCCAUGCGGCGUAGACGUCUUUUGGAAGUGGAAGAGGAAAAACAGUGGGCGCAACAGGAAAAUUUACAACUGCGCAUGGCGAAUGCUCUGGAGAGACAGAGAGAACGGGAACGUCGUGCAGAGCGUGAGGCUCUUCAUGCUGAACGUAAGAAACAAAAAGAAGCGGCAGAAGUCCGUCGGAAGAAUCUAGAUGAGUUGUACACAAAUGCAGUAGAUGAAGACUACUUUAAGUAUUGGGAUCGUUGCAUGUAA